GCCUUCCGCGAGUUGCCGCGUGAGGAGCUGCGCUUUGCAGGGAUUCGCCGGAGUGAUCUGAAGGCAUUGCGUGAUGAGAAGACGUGCGACCGCUGGAUAGUUGUGACGUCCAUUUUCCAGCCAUCUCCUGCGACCAGGAAGCUGGGCGAGUUGACGAAGCAAGGCUGGUGUUAUGUCGUCGUCGCAGACAAGAAUGGCCCCAAAGACUAUGACGACGUGGAAGGUGUUACGUAUCUCACUGUUGAACGCCAGCGCGCCCUCCACUUCCACAUCAUGGAUCAUUUGCCAUGGCGACAUUUCGGGCGCAAAAAUGUGGGUUUCUUGUACGCCAUUGCGCACGGAGCCAAGAUCAUUUAUGAUACCGAUGAUGACAAUCGUCUGAAGGAGGCAAGGAUACCGAUCCUUGGCCUCGAUGAUCUUGGCCGUGAAGACGGUUUGGCGAUCAAUGUGUCCCGGCCGGAUGUGGAGACUCUCGGGCAUGGCCUGCAACUUGUUGUGAACAGUGGGAUGGUGGUGUAUACCGUCGGGGUGUGUUGCUUUUCAGUUGGCCUUUUUUCUCAAGUUCUACAUACAGCAAAAUACGCCUCUUUUCGCAAUGCAGGCGUCCAAAGUGCAAAGAUGAAAUCAAUGUGCACAAACAUCAGAGCACUUGGCCAUGCAAGUGACAGUGGAGCUGACCACAAUCUUUUUUUUUUCUCUGCAAGAGCGGGCCGCUGUCCCAGCUAG